AUGUUCCAGAGCAGCCUUUAUAAGGGUCAUCCCAGGUGAGGCAUUGGCUAGAGAGGACAGGAGAAGGCAAGUGGUGAUCACUAAGCAGCUAAAGGUAGGUUUUCAGUCCUUCUUCUAACAGUUUCAUUAGAGGAAACUCGUCUUAAUUUCUCCUAAGACUGUAUACCAAUGUCCAACUGACUCUAUAUGCUUUGUGACAGGAGGACGUGCAGGGAUGAGACCCAUGGACCACAGCAAGCUGAAAUGUUGUCUCUUCUUCCUACUCUUGUUAACAGGUAAGACAUUGGGCUCCAUUUUACUCUUCUUAAAACAGACACAAAUUGCACUAGAAGAAUGUGAUCUUUAUUGUUCUGAUUUGCAGAUACACUAAAUAUACAAAAGUAUGUGGACACCCCUUCAAAUUAGUGGAUUUGGCUAUUUCAGCCACACCUGUUGCUGACAGGUGUAUAAAAUCGACCACACCGCCAUGCAAUCUCCAUAGACAAACAUUGGCAGUAUAAUGGCCUUAUUGAAGAGCUCAGUGACUUUCAACGUAGCACCAUCAUCAUAGGAUGCCACCUUUCUAACAAGUCCGUUCGUAAAAUUCUGCCUUGCUAGAGCUGCCCUGGUCAACUGUAAGUGCUGUUAUUGUGAGUGAAAACAUCUAGGAGCAACAACGGCUCAGCCGCGAAGUGGUAGGCCACACAAGCGCACAGAACAGGAUCCCCGAGUGCUGAAGUGCGUAGCGUGUAAAAAUUGUCUGUCCUCGGUUUCAACACUCACUACCGAGUUCCAAAAUGCCUCUGGAAGCAACGUCAGCACAAUAACUGUUCGUUGGGAGCUUCAUGAAAUGGGUUUCCAUGGCCGAGCAGCCGCACACAAGCGUAAGACCACCACGCGCAAUGCCAAGUGUUGGCUGGAGUGGUGUAAAGCUCGCCGCCAUUGGACUCUGGAGCAGUGGAAACGCGUUCUCUGGAGUGAUGAAUCAAGCUUCACCAUCUGGCAGUCCGACGGACAAAUCUGGGUUUGCCGGAUGCCUGGAGAACGCUACCUCCCCCAAUGCAUAGUGCCAACUGUAAAUUUGGUGGAGAAGGAAUAAUGGUCUGGGGCUGUUUUUCAUGGUUCGGGCUAGGCCCCUUAGUUCCAGUGAAGGGAAAUCUUAACGCUACGGCAUACAAUGACAUUCUAGACGAUUCUGUGCUUCCAACUUUGUGGCAAAAGUUUGGGGAAGGCCCUUUCCUGUUUCAGUAUGACAAUGCCUCCGUGCACAAAGCGAGGUCCAUACAGAAAUUGUUUGUCGAGAUCGGUGUGGAAGAACUUGACUGACCUGCAUAGAGCCCUGACCUCAACCCCAUCGAUGGAAGCAAGUCCCCGCAGCAAUGUAACAACAUCUAGUGGAAAGCCUUCCCAGAAGAGUGGAGGCUUUUAUAGCAGCAAAGGGGAGACCAACUCCAUAUUAAUGCCCAUGAUUUUGGAAUGAGAUGCUCGACGAGCAAGUGUCUACAUACUUUUAGUCAUGUAGUGUAUUGGAGCGAUAAUGGACUAGUGAUAGAGUAUCAGGUUUAGAUCACUUUUCACAGAUAGUGAGUCACUACUAUGAAGCCAUGCAACAACCUUAUCCCAUUUCAUUUAGAUUCAGUUUGUCAUUUCUUGUUCUGUGUGGUUGAACUAUUGGAAAGCAUAAUUGGUUCCUAGAAAAGCACUAUAUAAAUCCAAUGUAUUAUUCUGAAAUUAAAUACCCGUCUCUGGUUACACAGUAUCUGCAGCAGACCCUCUAUCCAAUGCAGCCACUUCAUCAAGUGCAGCCACUUCAUCCAGUGCAACCACACCAUCCUGUACGACACGUCGAUGUCUGGCCAGCAUGCUGAUUGCGAAAGAAGCUCUGAGUCAGCCACAGUCUCCAUCAUGCAUCUCAAAUAUCAGUGUGCCGUCAAUAGUGUACGAAACUCUGUCUGUUGUAAGUCCCUUUCUGUUCCUUUUAAUUGUGAGGAGUUUUGUACAAUAUGAGUGUCAGAGAUAACCUAUUGACGGUUGUAUCAUUAUGUGACGAUUAAUUAUUCUCUUCCUAAUAGGACACAAAAAACCUUCGCUUUGAGAGUCGUCUGCAAGUCAUGCUGGUAAGUACACAUAAAAAAAUCCAGGGAGACAUUUAAGUAAAUGUGAUAUUUUGUUAUAAUACUCAUGAUUAUGAUUCUAAACUAGUCUUGGGAAGACCCUGACUUAUCAUGGGACACAUCAGUCUAUCAUCAUGAUAUGGUGGUCCUGCCUGUCAGAAAAAUCUGGACUCCUGAACUCCAUGUGACUAAUGGGUGAGUCCACUUACAACAGAUUACAAUAAUUUAUGUUAUGUUUCAUUUAUUUUUAGGUGGCUUGCUGAUGGGAAAGCACACCUCUAAAUUUAUCUCAUAGUCGUCUUCUUCUUAUAUUUCUUCCGCCCGCUCUAGAGCUUAAACUAUUUAAGAUACCAACUUAGAUUGUUUGCAUUCAGAAUUGUUAUAACAUUUAUAACCAUUUUAAAUUAUCAUAAAAGCUACAUAGACUUGAUAGUCCCGUGUAGCUCAGUUGGUAGAGCAUGGCGUUUGCAACGCCAGGGUUGUGGGUUUGAUUCCCACGGGGAGCCAGUAUGAAAAUGUAUGCACUCACUAACUGUAAAUCGCUCUGGAUAAGAGUGUCUGCUAAAUGACUACAAUGUAAUGGAAAGUAUCUGAAUUCGCCACUGCUCUUACACCAGUCAAGCUAUCAACACCAAUCAACCGACCCAACUUGGAUUGCUUUUAUACUUUCUGAACUAUAACCAUUUAAAUUAACAUGGGUUUGAAUGAGAACCAUAGGAAUACACAGUAAGCUAUUCAAAACGUUUAUCAACUAUAACUAUAAGCAUAGCAUACAUUUGCAUGAAAUAAAACUCACCAACAGUAACUCUUGAACCAUUCAAGCUAGAGAUGCCAAACCAACUUUCACAUGUUCAGGCUAUCCUAACUUCUAAUUCUUUAAAACCUUUAUAAACUAUAAACAGUGGUGAUUAGCAUUAAUCAUCAUAAAACUUCAUGGAUUCAAUGCCAAUUCAAUUCAACCAUAAGAGCACAGUGGUAUACAUUUAAAUGCUACCCGCUCUUUAGCCAUUUCAGCUACAAACAUUAAAACAACAUUAGCAUUUUCAAAACUUUAAAAUAACAUAAAUACUUUAAAACAAGCAAGCACACCACAUUUUUUUCAGGAAAUGUACUUUCAAGUUUUAUUUUGAUUCCUUUUAUAACAUUACAGUAAAUGUAUGUGUGAUCUUCUAAAUAGCGAGUGAAUCAUGGACAGAAUUAGAGAUACAGUACUAAUAUGUUUUGAGUGGCCAAAUGUUUAAGUGUGACAGUUUUAGUAUAUCAAUCCUCAGUUGUCUGUCCUCAACCUCUCAUGUCUAAAGAGUGCAAACAACGAUGAAGCACGGCAACAAGGAUUUGCUGGUGCACAGCAAUGGGACCGUAGAGCACAUGGUCAUCAUGAAUACUGUGGUGGGCUGUGAGGUCAAUCUAUACAAUUACCCCUUCGCUUCAGAUUUCUGCGCCAUCGGAAUCAAUGUGUGGGCACUUAGGGGUAAGAGCAUAAUUUCAAACCUCAUUCUGUCUGCUAAACGGUUCUUGCACACAAUUACUUACCAAAGAUCUUAUUAAAAACAAGAUGUUACCAAAAACAACGACAACUUUUUAAAAUCUGUAUAGCCUACUGCAAUUCAGUUUAUUUGUCGUCUUUAGAAUGUUCUAUGCUUCCUGACUGUCUAGUAUUUAUUUUGGUGCUCGUUAGUUGGCUGGACACAAUGAAUAUAAGGGGUGUAAUGGUUCACAAAAAUGUUGGAUUGGUUCAGUCCUUGGAUUCUUGACUCUGUUUUAUCUUGGUUUUCAGGAGGAAAAAGAAAAAAAUACCAUUACACCACCGUUUGUAAAUUAUAAUAAUAAAGAUGGACAAUCUUUAAUAUAAGUUAUCUCACAAACUAAAUAAGGUAAAUUCAUAAGUAUAGCACAAAUAAGAAUUAUAUAACAACAUAACAAAUGCAAGCUCUAAUUCGAUGUAUAGUUCAAGGCAGUAGCGUGAAAUAGAUAAAUGCAGGGGAAAUGUUUUCAGCAGUAUUACAUGAGGAUAGACGGGAGUUAUAAAACCCGGCAGAAUGUUGUUCUGUACGGUAUGAGACAGGAUAAGAGGCAGUGUUUUAUAGUGUGUAUGCUGAAAGGAAGAAAUCUCCAAUAUUUUUAUUAUUUGAUUACUCCUGUAAGCUUUAGCCUAGACUUGAAGGGGAAGUUCAGGAUUUUACAACUUGAUGUUAGAUGGUUCCUCACCCUGAAAGUAGUUUAUGAGAUAAGAGAAAGUGUAAUCCAUGGUUCGGUUUUCUCUGAAGAACAACUACAAACUUCAGCUAACAUUAGCCCUCCGCUAACAAAAAAUAUAUGGGAGUGAUAGGGGAAAUUGUGCGAUUGUCAAAAUGUCAUGGCCAACUCCAUAUUUAGUGUGGCACUUUUCUCUCAUAGACCGCAGGCUGCCAAAACAAAGACGUUUUGUUUUGAUAUGCCUGCCAGAAUUAAUCAAACUGUUUCUUAGGGCCAUGAUUGACUACUAGUAUGAACUUGAGAAACGUUGAUUUGAUAUUUAUGACCUUAUAACUUCAUACCAGCCAUUGUAAGAAUGGAUCUACCAGUGACGUUGUUUCACCAAAGUGGCUCCUUCAGAAAUAUUAGUUAGGCUACUGCCACUGGAGGAGGGAUUAAAAUGUUCAUUACUUUAUUCAAAAGUUUUUCUCAUUUUAAAAUGUUCUAUGUGCUAGUUUUUCCAUCCAUUUAGUUUUUCCAUCCUCUCCUGAGAACCAAGAUAAAACCGAACCAAGAGCCAAAAAUCAUGGAAUGAACUGAACCAAAUAUGUUGUGAAUCGUUACACCCCUAAUGCCUAUUUAUAUAAACAAAUAUGUUUCGUUAUAAGCUAUGGUAAGGAGUGAACUAGCAUCAAAUAUCUGCUUUCUUCAGGAUGUGGCAUGUUCCUGACCUUUGGGAAUGUGAGCAAAACUAGCGCAAACCGCGGGGACUGGCUAACCGAGGCAGUGGAACUCAAUGCUAAAGAAGGCAGAGAUGAUCGCAACUAUCUAUGGGUUAGUGAGUGCUCCUGGUGAUUUCCGUUGUUGUUUUUUUAUGAGGGACAUGUAAAGAUACUUUACUCUUCCUAUUUUGCUUAAGCUUAAAAAACAUUUACACUCAAAAAAGACAAUACACUUGAAUCAACAUUUGCCUGAUGUUUUCAUACCUUUCAUAAGUAGUAUUCAGUUGAGAUAAAUACACAUCACAUCUGUUUUUGUUGAUCCAGCUACAUGCCACAAUCGAAAAUGAAUAGAAAAGAUAUGCACCAUGUAAUUUCCAGAUUUACAGUGCGUAUCUUUUCCCAUUAAUUUGGGGUUAAGGCAUAGCUAGAUGUACAGUUGAAGUCUGAAGUUUACAUACACUUAGGUUGGAGUCAUUAAACCUCGUUUUUCAACCACUCCACAAAUUUCUUCUUAACAAACUAUUGUUUUGGCAAGUCGGUUAGGACAUCUACUUUGUGCAUGACACAAGUAAUUUUUCCAACAAUUGUUUACAAACAGAUUAUUUCACCUAUAAUUCACUGUAUCACAAUUCCAGUGGGUCAGAAGUUUACAUACACUAAGUUGACUGUGCCUUUAAACAGCUUGUAAAAUUCCAGAAAAUGAUGUCAUGGCUUUAGAAGCUUCUGAUAGGCUAAUUGACAUCAUUUGAGUCAAUUGGAGGUGUACCUGAGGAUGUAUUUCAAGGCCUACCUUCAAACUCAGUGCCUCUUUGCUUGACAUCAUGGGAAAAUUAAAAGAAAUCAGCCAAGACCUCAGAAAAAAAAUCUAGACAUCCACAAGUCUGGUUCAUCCUUGAGAGCAAUUUCCAAACGCCUGAUGGUACCACGUUCAUCUGUACAAACAAUAAUACGCAAGUAUAAACACCAUGGGACCACGCAGCCGUCAUACCACUCAGGAAGGACACGCGUUCUGUCUCCUAGAGAUGAACGUACUUUGGUGCGAAAAGUGCAAAUCAAUCCCAGAACAACAGCAAAGGACCCUGUGAAGAUGCUGGAGGAAACAGGUACAAAAGUAUCUAUAUCCACAGUAAAACGAGUCCUAUAUCGACAUAACCUGAAAGGCCGCUCAGCAAGGAAGAAGCCGCUGCUCCAAAACUGCCAUUAAAAAGCCAAACUACAGUUUGCAACUGCACAUGGAGACAAAGAUCUUACUUUUUGGAGAAAUGUCCUCUGGUCUGAUGAAACAAAAAUAGAACUGUUUGGCCAUAAUGACCAUCGUUAUAUUUGGAGGAAAAAGGGGGUAGCUUGCAAGCCGAAGAACACCAUCCCAACUGUGAAGCACGGUGGUGGCAGGAUAAUGCUGUGGGGGUGCUUUGCUGCAGGAGGGACUGGCGCACUUCACAAAAUAGAUGGCAUCAUGAGGAAGGAAAAUUAUGUGGAUAUAUUGAAGCAACAUCUCAAGACAUCAGUCAGGAAGUUAAAGCUUGGUCGCAAAUGGGUCUUCCAAAUGGACAACGACCCCAAGCAUAUUUCCAAAGUUGUGGCAAAAUGGCUUAAGGACAACAAAGUCAAGGUAUUGGAGUGGCCAUCACAAAGCCCUGACCUCAAUCCUAUAGAAAAUGUGUGGGCAGAACUGAAAAAGCGUGUGCGAGCAAGGAGGCCUACAAACCUGACUCAGUUACACCAGCUCUGUCAGGAGGAAUGGGCCAAAAUUCACCGAACUUAUUGUGGGAAGCUUUUGGAAGGCUAACCGAAACAUUUGACACAAGUUAAACAAUUUAAAGGCAAUGCUACCAAAUACUAAUUGAGUGUAUGUAAACUUCUGACCCACUGGGAAUGUGAUGAAAUAAAUAAAAGCUGAAAUAAAUUAUUCUCUCUACUAUUAUUCUGACAUUUCACAUUCUUAAAAUAAAGUGGUGAUCUUAACUGACCUAAAACAGGGAAUUUUUACUAGGAUUAAAUGUCAGGAAUUGUGAAAAACUGAGUUUAAAUGUAUAUGUAAGGUGUAUGUAAACUUCCGACUUCAACUGUACACAACCGAUGGUGAAGGAUGUGGACUCAUUGACAUUAGACUUCUUUUGAAUUCUGAAAACAUCUGACAGUUUGAUUUUGAAGUGUAACGCUCUUCCCUUUCAAUGUCAAACAAACGUUUAGAUGCAAAAACUCUUCCUCUCUGGCCUACCUGUCUGUCUUCACAGGUGUCGCUGAAAAUGCGGUCCGAAACCCCGUUUCUGACCCUGGUCCUGCCCAGUAUACUGAUCAUUGUGGCUGAUGUAGUGAGCUAUACCUUGCCACUGGGAAAGGGCAAGCGCAUCCCCUUCAAGGUUACACUGGUUCUCAGCUUCAUCAUGUUCCUCAUCAUCCUCAAGGAUCUUCUGCCCGGAGGAGGCCAGUGCAGCCCCAUCAUCCGUGAGUAUCCUGUGUGUAAUGCACCAGAAUGAAACAGCAUUUUGUUAUAAAGGGUGUGUAUGUAACGGAGUUAAGAACGUGCCGUAAGCUCAUUCCACAGCUAGCUUGAAAUGUUGCCAAGGGAGCUAUUCAAUUUGAUAUUUUUUUUAUAGUUCAAUUGGUUGGUACGUUGUCAAGGAGGACGGUCAUGUGUUUGUGAGCAGAGGAUCACCAGUUCUAGCCCGAUAUAUUACAGAGACAGUGAAGGAUGCUAUACUGUUAGCAGCACACUGACAUCAGUUUCAUGUAUACAGUCCCUCUCUGCCACCAUAUUUAGUAUUUAUUUAGUAUUUAUUAGGAUUCAAAGUUACAUCACAACAAAACACAACAGUCUUCAUCAAUAAAACAUGACAUCAUACAAGACAUUACUCUAUGAUUACAAAUGUACAAUAUAAAAUCCACAAUACCACAACAUCACAAUGUGUGUGUGUGUGUAGAGUGCGUCCAUAUAACACUCACACAUCUCUCUCUCUUGUUGUUCUCCAUAGGAAAGCACUUCUGUUUCUGUUUGGUCAUCCUGGUGUUGAGCAUGUUGCAGUCUAUGGUGCUCACACGUCUGGCUAAGUGUGGCACUCUCUGGCCCUGCAGCCUCUCCAAGUCCAAAGACUCACUCCUUAAAGACACAGACAAUGAAGAGGGUAAACUUUUUAAUUCUUCUGUCAUCUCAGUUAUCCACAGAGCAAGAUAUAUUUUUCUGGUUGCCAAAGAAGACGUUAACAAAACGUCCUUAUACAACUUAACGGAUUUUCCAAAUACGAUUAUGAUACGAGUGUUUUUUGUAAUUAUCCGUGAUUGGAAAAAAGUAAUUUUCAGCUGCCAUCACGCAUCUCUCUUUCACAAACAGUGUGAAGCGCUGUAAAUAGAAAGAAAGAAAGAAGGAAAGAAGGAAAAAAACAACUGUUCUGUCAACAAUAUCACUAAAUCUACCUAAAGAAGGCCCUUAUAACCACUAUCAGGAACAACUGUUUUGUCAACAAUAUCACUAAAUCUACCUAAAGAAGGCCCUUAUAACCACUAUCAGGAACAACUGUUUUGUCAACAAUAUCACUAAAUCUACCUAAAGAAGGCCCUUAUAACCACAAUCAGGAACAACUGUUUUGUCAACAAUAUCACUAAAUCUACCUAAAGAAGGCCCUUAUAACCACUAUCAGGAACAACUGUUUUGUCAACAAUAUCACUAAAUCUACCUAAAGAAGGCCCUUAUAACCACUAUCAGGAACAACUGUUAUGUCAACAAUAUCACUAAAUCUACCUAAAGAAGGCCCUUAUAACCACUAUCAGGAACAACUGUUCUGUCAACAAUAUCACUAAAUCUACCUAAAGAAGGCCCUUAUAACCACUAUCAGGAACAACUGUUCUGUCAACUAUAUCACUAAAUCUACCUAAAGAAGGCCCUUAUAACCACUAUCAGGAACAACUGUUCUGUCAACAAUAUCACUAUAUCUACCUAAAGAAGGCCCUUAUAACCACUAUCAGGAACAACUGUUCUGUCAACAAUACCACUAUAUCUACCUAAAGGCGGCCCUUAUAACCACUAUCAGGAACAACUGUUCUGUCAACAAUAUCACUAAAUCUACCUAAAGAAGGCCCUUAUAACCACUAUCAGGAACAACUGUUUUGUCAACAAUAUCACUAAAUCUACCUAAAGAAGGCCCUUAUAACCACUAUCAGGAACAACUGGUCUGUCAACAAUAUCACUAAAUCUACCUAAAGAAAGCCCUUAUAACCACUAUCAGGAACAACUGUUUUGUCAACACUAUCACUAAAUCUACCUAAAGAAGGCCCUUAUAACCACUAUCAGGAACAACUGUUUUGUCAACAAUAUCACUAAAUCUACCUAAAGAAGGCCCUUAUAACCACUAUCAGGAACAACUGGUCUGUCAACAAUAUCACUAAAUCUACCUAAAGAAGGCCCUUAUAACCACUAUCAGGAACAACUGUUUUGUCAACAAUAUCACUAAAUCUACCUAAAGAAGGCCCUUAUAACCACUAUCAGGAACAACUGUUUUGUCAACAAUAUCACUAAAUCUACCUAAAGAAGGCCCUUAUAACCACUAUCAGGAACAACUGUUUUGUCAACAAUAUCACUAAAUCUACCUAAAGAAGGCCCUUAUAACCACUAUCAGGAACAACUGUUUUGUCAACAAUAUCACUAAAUCUACCUAAAGAAGGCCCUUAUAACCACUAUCAGGAACAACUGUUUUGUCAACAAUAUCACUAGGCUACCCUGGCUAUUGACACCAUACAGACAACAUCAGCUGCUAUAGAAUCACACAGGCUCACAGAUACAUUAUCAGAGUGUUCCCGGCCCAGAAUGGCGUCAAACUUUAACCAUAACAUUCAACACUGGCAGACAUUUGACACUGGCAGUUUAACAGGUCAUCAACAGGUAUGAGUUUAACAUUAUUUCAUCUUAAAUUCCCCAUUACAUAGGCAUAAGCAUGUGCAGUUUCAGCUGUCAGGAUAAUUUCUUUGAACAUUGUGUGGAUGAGUGAAAGAACAUACGGAUGCGCUCUGAGUGACAGCGCAUUAAUUUGCGCUUGAGGUAUAGUCUUUACCAUCAUUUAAAGCGCACUUCCGGGUUUUCCGAUCACGAGUAAAUACGAUUAUGAAUACCAGUAUGAUGAGUUCGGCACACCCCUAGUUUAUCGUGUUAUAUUAACUCAUAUUAUAUUUACUUUGUCUAGAAUCCAGGCCUGAUAUUACUGUCAUCAAACUGAAAGCCUCAGAGGAAGAGAAGAAUUCACCCCUCCAGAAGGUGGUAAAGUUUCUCAACAAAAUGGCUGCACAAGACCAGAAAGAAGUUAGACACCAUCGCUUUGCCAACAAAGUAGACUUGAUCUGUUUCUGUAUCUAUCUCACCAUCCUCAUUGUUUAUACAGCCGCCAUUUUAUAUUUCUCCUUUGGUUCUCGGUGUGAGAUCAACCAUUUAGAAUUCUGGGAGAACUAA